AUGGCAGGAAUCGAAGAUGUCCACGACAUCGUUCAGCAGGUCCAACCAGAUGUAUUGUUCUGCGCCUCGAUGUGGACUGAAGAUGAAAGCAAACAGAUUCAACAGAUUGCUCGGAAUAUCAUACCAAAUAUACGAACAUAUGCUGUUCCUCAUGGUAUGCAAGUAGCAAUUGGUCCAGAUGCCACUGUGGAACAUGUGAAAUCAAAGCUGGUAGAGAUUUUGAGUCAGGAGAAUUGA